AUGCAUCGUAUCCCACAACUUCUGGCUCCCGGUUCCGGCUUCUCAAUUUCCAAACCAUGGGUCCAUCGCUUUCUCCAGGACGAACUGUCAUGGAGCUCUCGAGUGAGCACCCAGAAGGCCAAAAAGUUGCCCGACAACGCCAACGAGUUAUGCGAGCUUUCGUUCUUGCGGGCUGUCUUUGCGAUCAAACUCCACAACAUCCCCGAUGCUCUAAUCGUCAACGCUGAUCAGACGGGGAUCAUUCUUCUUCCGACGGGAAGAAGAACAUAUGAAUUGAAGGGGUCAAAGGAUGUCAGUGUAAGCAAUCACGAAGAGAAACGGCAGAUGACGGUCGUCCUUGCGUCUGCUUGCUCGGGCGACUUCUUGCCAUUCCAGUCCAUCUGGGGUGGAAAGACCGACGCAAGCCUGCCCUCUACGAAUGCUCUUCGUCGAGACGAGGCGGACCAGCUCGGGUUCAAGUAUGGUCAUGGCGAUACUCGCCACUGGAGCUCAAGAGAUACGACCAAAGAUUGGGUUACCACCCUCCUAGUCCCAUACCUUGCCAACAUGAAGCAGGCUCUCGGUCUCCCGGACUCGCAGAAGUCUCUGCUUCUCCUCGACGUCUGGGGCAUCCAUAUCGCCAACCGAGUCCCCGAAGACUUCAUACCUUGGAUGCAGGUCAAUCAUCCAAAUAUUCUUCUUGACUUUGUACCGGGAGGCUGUAUGUAG